AUGAUUGUGCCUGUACAGAGUGUGAUUGCCCUAGCCGCAGCAUUCUUUAUCUAUGGAAUAUACCGGCUCCUUCAGGUGGGAAAGCGAGAUCCACGCUUACCACCAGGGCCACCGACGCUGCCCAUCCUGGGCAACAUGCUGGAUAUCCCAACGACAGGCUUGGGCAAGAAAUUUAUGGAAUGGCAGGCCGAAUACGGAAAAAUCUUCUCUCUGAAGGUUGGGCCAGGCAAUAUCAUCGUCAUUUGUGAUCGCAAGGCUGUUCAUGAGCUUCUCGAUAAAAAGGGAAGCAUUUAUUCCGACAGGCCCCCCAACGUCGUACCUCGCUUUAUCACGCGCGGGAACCACAUGACGAUGGAGAACCAGACGCCGCUGUGGAGAGAGAAAAGAACCGUCGUUACCCGUAACUUGAACCCCAAGUCCCUCGACGAGAAACACUUUCGCGUUCAAGAAGCCGAGGCCGUACUCUUUAUGAACAGACUUUUGACCGAUCCCGAGAAUUUCUUUAGUUAUGCACGAAUGUAUUCAAGCUCGGUAGCGGCUGUCCUCGCAUGGGGUUUCAGAGCCAAGGAUCUCGAUUCUUUUUGGUUUAAAGACGUUUCCAAGAUGAUUGAAAAGUGGCUUGAGGCAAUCGAGCCAGGCGCCAAUCCCCCAAUCGACCUCAUUCCCGCUCUCUGGUAUUUGCCAGGCAAGUGGAAGACACGAGCGUACGAGAUGCGUGACCACAUGGAUUCUAUCUGGGGUCACGCCAGGAAAUUGGUCAACGAGCGAAGAGACCGAGGUGACAUGCGCGAAUGCAUGAUUGAUCUGAAGCUCGACGAGUACAACAAGAACGGUUGGCCAAUGACAGAUCACGCCUUCAACAACCUUUUCGGCGAGUUGAUGGAAGCAGGCGCUGAUACGACGGCGAAUCAAAUACUCACAUUGAUCCUUGCUCUGGCCAAGAAUCCCCAGAUCCAGGCCAAGGCUCGCGUUGAGCUUGACGCUGUUUGCGGGACAGAACGUGCACCCCUGUUCUCGGAUUUCCAGCGGCUCCCUUACAUCAACGCUAUCGUCAAAGAAGGUCUUCGGUGGCGAUCAACGUCUGACCUAGGCUUGCCACAUACCGUGACGAGAGAUGAUUGGUAUAAUGGCAUGCUCAUCCCCAAGGGAAGCACAAUCUUUGUUGGAGUAUCAGCCAUGCAUAUUGAUGAGGAUUACUACCCUGAUCACAACACGUUCGACCCCGAGCGUUUCGCGAAACACCCAAAGCUGGCAAAUGACUACGCAAUCGGACCUGAUUACCAAAACAGAGAUAAAGCUUCACACCAUUAUGGGUACGGUGCCGGCCGACGUAUCUGUCCCGGCAUUCACUUAGCCGAGAGAAGCAUGUGGCGAAUCACAGCCAAACUCCUCUGGGCGUUUGAAUUUGCGGAGCCUCUGGAUCCCAUCACCAAGAAGGUCCAGCCGUUGGAUCCAGACGCGUACACGUCCGCUAACCUCGUGUGUCCCCUACCGUUCAAAGUGCGGGUUAUUCCGCGAAGUCAGGAACAUAUUGAUGUGAUUAAGAAGGAGCUUCAUGGAGCGGAGCAGUUUCUACAGCAGUAUAAUUGA